UGUCAAAUCGAAGCCCUAGUUAUCGAUUUUAGAAUUAGGGUAUAUAAGUUUCAGCCAUUCAUCUUCACAACCAUUUUCACUGGCACAAGCAAAGUCAGAGAGCUCUUUCCGCCUCCAGAAUCGAAAAUGCCGUCACACAAGACAUUCAUGAUAAAGAAGAAGCUGGCGAAGAAGCAGAGGCAGAACAGGCCAAUUCCGUACUGGAUCAGGCUGCGCACUGACAAUACCAUCCGCUACAAUGCGAAGCGUCGCCAUUGGCGCCGCACGAAGCUCGGCUUCUAAGCCAAGCCCUUACUUGUUAGCGUUCUUACAUUCUGCUUUGGUUUCCCAUUAGGGUUUAAUGUUUUGGAAUUAAAUCAUCAGUAUUGAGAUUGCUAUGUAUUUUAAAUGAUUUUAAUACUUCUAUGUCUUGAAUUAACAUAGAAAUUUAAUUUUGGUAAUUUUGUUCA